AUGUCUUCUAAAGUUGAUGUAAAACCUAAAACAGUGAGAAUAUACGAAUUAGAUCAGUUUGAGAAGUUGCUCAAAGGAAUAAAAGUAGCAGCAUGCAUGAUAACGGAGUCCCAUCAAGUUGUUGAUGAAGCGAGUGUACUCAAAAGGUUAAGAGCAUUAACUCUUAAUGGUGCAUCAGAUGGUAAUGCCUGCUCAUGUUGUGGUGUCGGCCCCUUUGAUUCUCGUGCACAGCAGACAGCACAUUAUAAAAACCAUUGGCAUACAUAUAAUUUGAAACGGAAACUAUUUGGGAAAUCACCGCUAUCUUUGGGACAGUUUAAUUCUAGGCGGUGUGAAGAUGAAAAUGAUUCCAGUGUAUCCGGUAGUGAUUCUGAAACAGAAGAGAAAAGUAAGAAUCCGGAUAGCGAUUUAUUUGCAGCGGCCACAAGACAUUGCAAAGCAUUCUUUACAAAUCACAAGGGACAAGUUUUUUGUAUAUACAGAUGCAUAUUACAUCAUAAGAAGGAGCAACUAUCAACAGACGGUGAGGGUACAGCGUGGGUGGAACGAUGUGAAAGGUUGGCUUUACCUGGCUUUCAGCGGUGGGCCGUACUUAUGGUCUCUGGAGGUCAUUUCGCGGGGGCCAUCUUCGCUGGUAGUGCGGUAGUUUUACAUAAGACGAUGCACUCUUAUGUGACCCGUAGAGGUCAAGGUCAAGGGCAAUUGAACAGAGAUCAACAUGGGAACGCCCCACGAUCAGCUGGCGCCAGUCUGAGGAGAUAUAAUCAGGCACAGUUUUUGGAGCAUGUUCAAGACAUAAUAUCGAGUUGGACAGAGGAUUUAGUUGGGUGUUCGUUGAUACUGUAUAGAGCUGUGGGGUCAUUGAACCAGGGGGCAUUAUUUGGGAAAAACUCUCCGUUGAACAGAGAUGAUAUGAGAGUUAGAGCUCUGCCUUUCCCUACAAGAAAACCAACUUACAAAGAGGUACAGAGGGUUCAUGAAACGGUUGCUAGCUUGGAGGUUUAUGAUACGAUGGAAUUAUUCCAAAAGGCGUUGAUCGCUUCAACCAGUAAGGGUCCAACGAAAGUCAAUCAGGAAGCAAAUGUGGAACGAACAAAGAAGCAGAAGAGUCCGCAUAAACCUAUCGACAGAGCUAAGUCCAGAGAACGUGCUCCAAGAGAAUUGCCAACACAGGUGAUGUCUAGCGAAGAUGAAGGGCCGUGCUUCAUAGACUCAGAAACACCCGUCGGAUGGAUUAAAACAUUAUCAGAACAAAGCAGUAAUGGAGUUAUAACGAAUUCAAGGAAAGAUCUGUUGAACGACCACGUCCUGAAAAGUGAUCAUUCAGACCAGAGUGAACCAGAAGUUCCAGAAGUUAAAGGCGUUAAGAAGAAAAAGAAGAAGACAGAAGAUAAACCACCUGCUAAGAAAACAGCUGUCAAGAUACCGGAUAAUGUUAAAAAGAUAUGGAAAAUAAUAUCAUCAUCGGAUACUACUUUGGAGCCUAUUCUAGAGGAAUUGGAGAAUGAUCAGUUGGUUGUAGCUUGUAAUAUGGCCGACCCUAAGGACGGAAACACGGCGCUACACAAGGCAGCCAUCGCUGAUAAACCGGAUAUGGUCACUCAGCUGUUAUCAGCGGGAGGUGAUCCGUGUGUCAAGAAUCAUCAGUUACAGACACCGUACGCGGCCGCCCCGCCAACCACCAGGCUGGCCUUUAGAAUGUUUCAAGCUCAAUAUCCUGACAAAUAUAACUAUAAUAAGUCACAAAUUCCUGGCCCAGUAACACCGGAACAGUUGGAACAGGAGAGAGAGAGGAAAGCUCAACAGAAACGAGCCAAGAGACAGCGAGACAAAGAAAAACAGGCUGAGAGAAAUAAAACUAACAAGUUUUUAUCAAUGACGGAUUCACAGAAGGUGAAAGCAGUGGAAUUUCGUUGUUUCUUCUGCGGCACACAACUACCGAGGGAGCCGUUUGAAUAUGAUAGCUAUCAGUUCUGUUCAAUCAAAUGUCUUCAGAACCACAGAAAUCUUAGACCUUUACAUAAGAGCGCAUAA